CGAUUAUGUUUUCCAUCAAAUUUUAUCAUUUUUAUUAUAAUUUCGCAUUUUAAGAUUGAACAGAGAAAGUUAUCGAAAUAAUAAUCCAAACAAUAAAUAUUUAAUACGUCAGGUUGGAGUGUCGGGCAAUCCUGUGACGUAUAUCGGCUAAAGCGUAGUGAUGGGGCACGCGCAAUAGUCGUAAACCUUCGUGAGUCCGAUCCCCUCCUCAGUCUUUUCGGGUGCUCCAUGUUCCCCGUUUCACAGUGCGGAGUGGAGAACUGCACAAAACGCAAUGUAUCUCCGCCAUUGUUACCGAGUAGAACUACGCAAAGUUCUAUCGAAAUACAUUCGGUUUUAUCGUUAUAAACCGACUUUAAAUGCAGAAUAACGUCACCGAAUUAACGCAGAAACUACUACGAGCACUGGAUAGCAAUUAUAAUGUCAUCGAUAUGCCAGCCGUCAUCGAAAUUAUAUCCUUAUUGGAAAAAGUUGCUAUUACCAAAGAACUGCUGGAGACCACCCGAGUAGGCAAGCAUGUUAACGAGCUUCGUCGUAACACUUCAAACGAGUCUCUAGCCAAGAGGGCCAAGGAACUAGUAAAGAAAUGGCGCAGCAUGGUGAUACCGGGCUCGAAUGGCCAAAUAAAAUCAAAUUUAUCGUCUCCAGGAGAACUUAGCGCUUCAGAAGACUUACAAAAUAAGAAACGAGUGGCCAAAGAAGCCAUCGAAAACGCCAUCAUCAAACGGCCAAAGGUAAAUGGUCAAGUGAGCGAGUUGGAUUUCUCAGACAAUUCCAAUUCGAGCUUCAAAGAUGUGAUAAACUCUAGUAACUCGUCUACGUCAACUACUAAUAAGAUAUUUUCAAAACGUGACGCGAUCAACGCGAAUUCAGAUUCGAAUUCGAGUCUUCCGGACGCGAAACAAGACCCUCUCCUUGAACAGCAGCAGCCAAAGAAACGAGGCCGUAAAAAAGGUUCCAAAAACCACAAGAACCUCCUCGACGAAGCUGAAACGUCUUUUUCGAAUAAACUCAAUGUUUCUAGAGGUAACGCAAAAGUAAAAACCACGAAGGAACUUUUAGCGGACCUACAGAUCAAGAGUGGAAAUGCUGUUCUUCCUGCCUGUAAACCAAUCGAGGAUCUCAACGAACGUGCAGCCAAGCUCACUGAAAGGGUAUCGAUCAUUGAUCAGAAACUUAACGCAACCUCGAACCGUUACAAAAAUUCGCAAAAGAAACUCAGCUACGGACAAAAGAACAGUUCUUCUGAACGCGUGAUAGAGUCUGGAUCAUUUAGCAAUGUAAAAAGCACAUCAUCAGAAAAGCCGCUUCCCCAUUCUCCUAACUCCUCCGCAUCUGACGAUGAAAUAAUUGUCGUAGAUGACGAGGAAAAAAACUCAAAAUCGGAAUAUGCAGAAGUUCCUGUAGUAGAAGAUGUGCCUAAGUCUUUAUCUGAGGAAGAGGCUUUGGCACAGCUGCCACCUAUCGACAAAUCAGUCUUGGAGGAGUUUGAGGAACAUCUAUGUUAUUGCCAGCUGGUGGAAAAUAAAACGGACUUUUCUGUGGAGGAAGAUGAUGCCGACGUGAACCUACAGCACACGUAUGAAUUCGUGGAGAAUUCAAAUUGUCCAGCAAGAACGUACCUAGAAGAAAAAUAUCACUUAGGAGAAGCAUGUUUAGAGGACAAGGUGACGCUCUUACAUACGACGAACAUGCCGAAUGUGAAUGGCAAUUAUAGCAUAGGCGGUUCAAAAACAGAAUCAGAAAUGCUCGAAAAUGAACUUUAUGUGAACGUAGUGCCUAGUGUAAAUAAGGAGAGUAUACCAAAAGUGUUUAAUUCCGAAGACUUUAGGGAACCCGCGAGCGAAAACUAUAAAAAAUACAGUAUUUCGAAAGAAGAUGAGAAGAGUGAUACAUGUGAAGUAGAAACAUUAGAAAAGAGCGGUGAUGACGAGAGACCGAAUUGUUGUGAAACGUUUAAAGAAUGGCACGAAGUAGUCGAAACUCGCUCGUAUAAUGGCGAAAUUUUAAAAAUUUUGCCUUAUGUAAUCAUAGAUUAAAACUAAAAAAUGGCUAGUCUCGUACGAUGUGUAGGUUGUUCCAUGUUAAUAUUGUGCUUGGAUACUGAGCCAUUCCAUAAAGAAUUUUUAACACGAAAGAAGUACGAAAUUUUGACCAAUUACAGAACUCUCUAGACUCGUAUUUUUUUUAUUAUAUUGUUGAUAAGAGUUCUAAGUUUUGCGAGGUAGUUUUUGAAAAUUCUUGGAUGGGCCGGGCUCCAAACAAUUUAAUCUUCGUUAUCUUAACAUGGAACAAUCCACCAAAGCACCCUGUAUGUCCUUCUCUGUCGAUUAUCAUUCAAUGUGCCCAUUUCAGAUGCCUUAGUACGUUGUGCAAUAAUUUCGUUUCAAAUAGAACGUCAAAAUUUUUAUCUGGGAAUUGAGAAAAAAGAAUCCGUUUAUUUUUUCAAAAGUUAUGAAAACAAAAACAUUAAAACCAUACAAAUGAUAUAUUAGGACUAUUGUAUUAUUAAAAUUAAUUUAUAUGUACCAAUUGUCGGUUUAUUUUCAUUUUUUUUACGUAUUCGUUAAAAUAAAUCCAAUUAAAUUUUGUAUUGUAACUAUUAAUUUAUUUGUUCUAUUUUAGUACGCAACACUCAAAGGCAUAAUCCUUUUAUAAAGAUGUAAGCAACGUUUCUACUAUUUAUUAAUUGGUGUCGAUAUCUACCAAAAUUAAUUGUGAUUUAUUUGUAUAUAAUCGUCUAUACUUUACCAUCUCCCACUGUACCUUAAAGCUAUACAUAUAAUAUAAAGUGCAUUAUAAGAACUUUUACAAAGAAUAAAAAAGUUUUGGUCCUCUAGCAGUUAAAGAAUG